UACCCUGUCCUAAAGAACACGCCUAUGGCCUGCGACUUUGUGAAACAUUGGAUUUAGUGACACACUGAUUAGUGCGUAUUUUGGAGAAUAAUUAGUGUCUACAAAGUGUUGCAAAAUGGCACACAAGCGAUCGUUAUGGUUUUAUUUGGCAGUUGUUUUGGUGAUCUUGAGCACACUUGCGCAAGAAGCUGAAGCAAGGAGGAAAAUCCUUAGGGGGAGACGUGUGAUGACCCGUACUUACUACCGAGGAAAUGCAGUCCCAGCAUGGGCGAUCAGCUUGAUGGCGGGCAUUGGAAUGUUGGUGGUCGGAGGAAUACUUUAUGGAAUAAUGAGGAAAGUCAUCAUAUCAGCAGAGACUGGAACUAUGAACACGUAUCAACGAGCUAUGACGAACGAAGUUUAGCAUAUAAGAUAUAUUUUGUAAAAAUGUAAUAUCCACCGAAUGUAAGGCUGGCUACUAGCGUUAUACUGAUAGGUACCAAACAUCAAAAUUAUACAAAUAACACAAUCACAAUUAAUUUUAUAAGAACUAAUUCGUAAUUAUUUUGUUUAAAUAAAACUAAAAUAUAAUAAUUAA